AUGGAGACAACAAAUUUAACAGGAAAUGAAACACAGGCAAAAACAUUUCAAGAACUGCUAUGCUCCCCCGCUUUGGGAGGUGCACUAAAACAGCAAGCAAUAUUUUUCACAGCAGUCAACAUUCUCCUCUCCAUGACAGCAUUUCUUGGCAAUUCUCUCAUCCUUAUUGCCCUUCACAAGGAAUCUUCCCUUCAUCCACCAUCCAAACUCUUAUACCGUUGUCUACUUACAACUGAUCUUUUAGCAGGCCUGCUUGCGCAUCCUCUCGUUGCUUCUCUCUGGAUAUCCGAGGUUCGUGAACACUGGAGUAUUUGUCGAUUCGUACUCGGUGCAAGCCUUGUAACGCCUUGUGUAUUAUCUUCAGUGUCUUUGAUGACGACGAUGGCCAUAAGCGUGGACAGACUUCUCGCCUUGUUGUUAGGACUGAGAUACAAACAAAUUGUGAAUUUAAAACGCGUUUAUAUCGCUCUAGCGCUAUUUUGGGUGGUCCCCAUUGCCGACACCCUAUACUUUGUGUUUGUUUCUCCUAUACCUCCUUGUUUGGGUCGUGUCAUCUGAUACCUCAGUUGCUUCGUAUAUUAAAAUUUUCCGUACUCUCAGUCGUCAUCAGGCUCAACAACAGCCGAGCCAAACAAGGGCACUGAACAUGGCGCGAUACAAAAAGGCAGUGUACAGUGCACUAUGGUUGCAGUCAGCCUUAUUUAUCUGUUUUGUACCAUCAAGUAUAGUUUUGACGGUAAUG